AUGAAGAUCAUAAAUAUUGAAGAAAAAAAAGAAUAUACUAGAAAACCAGUUUCAUUUUUAAAUAUAAUUCUUGGAGCAGUUCUAAACAUGUUUGAAGUAUCAACUCUUGGGCAGCCUUUUGAGGUAAUUAAGACGCAUAUGGCAGCAAAUAGAGAAGAUUCUAUUGGUACAAGUAUCAGAAAAAUAUGGAGCAGAGGACGUAUUUUAGGAUUUUAUCAAGGUUUAAUUCCAUGGGCAUGGAUUGAAGCGUCGACCAAAGGAGGAGUUUUACUAUUCACUGCAACUAUGGUAGAAUAUUAUGCACAAACUAUGGGUGCGAGCCCUUUUAUUUCAGGCAUUAUUGGAGGAAUGGGUGGUGGCAUUGCACAAGCAUAUGUUACUGUUGGUUUCUGUACUUUUAUGAAAACUGUUGAAAUAACACGGACAAAAAAAGCAAGUAAAGGAGUUAAAAUACCAAGUACGUAUGAAAUAUUUAUGGAUAAAUAUCGUAAAGAAGGUAUUCGUGGUAUUAAUAAAGGAGCUAAUGCAGUUGCUCUUCGUCAAAUGACAAAUUGGGGAAGUCGUAUUGGAUUCAGUCGUCUUAUUGAGUCACAAAUUAAAGUAUUUAAAAAUAAAAAUCCUUCAGAAGAACUUUCCGCAUUAGAGAAAAUUCUUGCUAGUUUUCUUGCAGGAGGACUUUCAUGCUGGAAUCAACCUGUUGAAGUUAUACGAGUAGAAAUGCAAUCAGCAAAGAUAGAUUCUAAUCGUCCUUCUAAAUUAGGAAUAAUUUCAACAUUGAAAGGAGUUACUCCAAGAAUAGGUUUAAGUGUUUGGCAAACAAUUUGUAUGGUUGCUCUUGGUGAUAUGGCUAAACAAUAUAUAAAAAAAUAG